AUGGCUGGCCUCCAGAAACGAGCGUGGUUGACGCUCAUGGCUCUCCACACGGCGGGAUGCAAAACCGGCGUGAAAACAAAGCCGCGGAGCAGCAGUGAGAGUGGUGUUGCGUGCCACGCUCACCUCUCCGCGGUGGAGGCCACUUCAAUUGUCAUGCGGCCACAUGACAUAGGGACGACGUUUAUGAGCAAAACACUUUUUCAGAUACCCGCUACUGAGGAGGGAACGACGGUUCGACAUCAAUGUCAACCGGACCCUGUUCUUUUCACGUUUCCGAUGGACGGCAGGCAUUUGUUUAUGGCCUAUGGGUCGGAGAGGUGCCAGCGGGAUGGAGGUUCAAGGGUGUAUGUCGUGCGUUUGUGCCUGGAUGGUCCUCCAACGUUCCUUGUCAGUUACCUUCCCAUCGCCAUCAUAUCGGGAUGCGUGCAGAACUACAGCGUGCACCCGUCACCAUGGAGUGGGCAGGCGGCGCCUGUGUCAGUGGCGGGGGAGACGGGUGCUGAAACGGGUGGUUGUGUUCAACUGCCCGAGGAGGUAGCAAGAGAGACUGUUCGCCGUGGCGCGCAGCCGAUGCAAAUGGUGUCGUCUUGCCCAGAUCAGGUUUAUCCUUUUCUUGUGGCUGACGCGGCGAUGCAUGCAAUUUGGGCGGUGGAAGUCGACACCGCAACGCUGGCGGUACGCCUGGUGACACCGUAUCAGUACUGGAAGCGGAACGGUGGGGGUGAUGAUGUUGCGCCCGCAGAUAACGUCAAUCCACUCCAAGAAGAACCUCAACAACGAGGGUCAGUGUUUGCCUCAAAGCCAAAGGCAUUACUAGGUGGUGUAGAAGGAUUUGUUGACGGACCGUUUCACUUGGCUCGCUUUGCCUCUCCCGCAGCGCUUUGUUGGCGUCUGGAUGGCGAGGCUCAUGCGGCGGAUGCGGCUAGGGAGGCAGGGCAACCGCACAUACAACGGGGCACCUCUCAUUCUGAUGUCUUGUUUGUCAGUGACCGUGGAAACCACGCUGUGCGACAAGUUAACUUUCAAAGCAAAAUGGUGCGCACCAUUUUGGGUAUUGACGGUGUUCCGGGCUAUCGUGACGGCGAUUGCCGUGUUUCUCGACUGCAGGAAGCCGCCUCUCUCGUCUGGUGCACCUCGGGACUUCUGUUCCUUGACAAACCCAACGGCGCGAUUCGACUCAUUACGAGACUGAAAGAAAAGAAGCAAAUGACGGAUGCAAAGAAUGAAGAAGAGGUGGGUUCACAUCAACAUAUUGCGCAGCCUGACAUUUCUGCAGCGGCUUCGGUAAAACCCGCGACGCAUGUCACAUGUCGCGUGUGGACUGUGGCUGGUGGACUCUACGUAAAUAUGGGGUUAUACGUUGAUGCCAAAGAGCCACAUCGGGCUUCAUUGGGUACGCCAAGCACGUUGGCGCUAGCCCCAGAUGGAGAAGGUGUAUUAUUUGCGGAUAGUCAGUAUGGGGCAUUACGUCUGGUGUCCUUACGCGGGGUGGAGACCUUUUUUGGUUUCCACAACCUUUCCAACUCAUUCUGCGUUCCCGCGGGAUUGAUGGCCUGUACACAUGUUUUGUUGUGUCGCCUAACCACCCUCAAUGGCGUCUCGCGUGACGCAUUUCUCGUAAGCAGUGGAGUGCAAGGAACCGUCUCGUUGUUGGUGCCGUACAACCAGAUGGAAGCCGCAGAGGAAGGGGCACGAGUAGACAUCAAGUCCACCACCAUCACCUCACUUGUCACAGAGGACUGUGUAGUGGUGGCGGCUGGUGUGCUACGCAAGCAUACCUGCAUUGAUGGGAAAUCCUGCACCCACGCGAUGGGAGCUGCAGAAGCUGUUUCUUGUCGGCGUAAGCAAGCACGUGGGGACGAUUAUGGUCUUCACCUGAGAGACAAUCUCAGAGAAGUGGCCUCGCCUUCGCUCACAGAGCAUGCUGGCGUCCCGUCUCGCGUUCACUUCCUGCAGAUGUCAUCAAGUGAUGGCCCGUUGGUUGCGGCAACGCGACGGCUCUUUGAGGUCUACGCGUAUUACGCCAGCAAGACAAUCGCCCCAUCCACCAUGACCGAUGUCUGCCACUUGCAAGCUGUACAGAGACGGGGCCGUUUGAGUGUGUCGUAUUCGCUCUCGUUAAUGAGAUUUUGGAGGUUUCUCACACACACGGAGUAUUUUGGCGGGGGUACAUUGAAGACAACGUCCCUGGCCGCCUCUUCCGCCUGCAUGGCACCAGCAGCCGUUAGCCUGAGCGGCAAUGAAAACAUCGCAGCGGGCGUCAUGUGCUGGAAGGACUGGCGCUGCGUUGCGGAGCUAUUUCAUAUGCUAAGUGUGAGGCAGCAUGGGUACAGUGUUCUUUCCGUCGUGAACUUUAGCCAGUUCUGCCGCAUCAUUCUUGCUUUCCAUUGCUGGAUGCGAUGGCAGAGGCGGCGCGAGACGAGGAAAACGGAGGAGGGGAGGGAGAAGGAGGAGGGAGUUCACCGCGGCGUGGAUCGCCUGAUGCGUGUGUCGAUCGAUGAGCUUAGCGAGACGGAGGUUGUCGAGGUGUACGAGGACACCGUGCGACAGGUGAAGAGUGUAAACAUUCACCUCCAACUGGCGGUGGAUGAGCCACACAACAACGCAGAGGCCGGGGGAAGGGGAGGAGGAGGGGAGUUUUUGGCUGCUGACGACGUCCUUCGCGUGCUGGUGCGAAACGAGAAACCACUGCGGCAGCUGUUCGACGCAUACAGCCAGCGACUGGUCCCUCCGCAGUCUUCAGCUUCUACUGCCGCGAAGAGUGAGGAGGCACGUAAUCUGCGGUGGCUCCGCGCCAUGCUGCUCUCCGCGGACACCGGAGGACACGCCGGCGCUGACGCCGUUUAUGGCGUGCCAUACGGCAUGUUUCAUAAACUGUUUCACGCCUUGGACGUGUUCCCGAGCCUUCUCAGUGAGGCCCUGCUGCGGCGCGCCUACGUUGACGCCCUUCUCACCCCUCUCUUCCAGACCCUGCGGCGUGCGGUGUUCACCGUGGACGAGCACGAAAAGGGUGAGCAGCAGCAGCAAUUCAUGCCCUUUGCGCUUGCAAUAUCCCAAGACGUGGAGAAGCGGCACGCUGGCGGCGGUACAGGGCUUGCGUUUAUUCCCUUCGUGGAGGCCUUCACGCGCGUUGCCCUCACCGCCUUUUCGCUCUGCAUUGAACAUGACAGACGGAUGUACCCCACCGCCGCUGCGAAGGUGGAGGCGCUGAUGCGGUGGGUGAACCGAUCCGUUGAACAAUUUCACCAGCGCGAGCGGGGCGAUGCGGCUACGCACUGCAUUGCCGCGCGACGCGAGUGUGCCGCUGGCAGGCGUGCAUUGCUGUUUGCAUCCUUCCUUUUCUUUGACGUCCCCGCGCGCGCGGGAGGGCGACACAGCGGCUUAGGAGAUAUGAGAACGGGAGGAAUGUGCAGCCCAUAA